AUGGAUUAUGUUGAUUAUAUUGACUAUUUAUUAGAUGCACCAAUUGAGCGUGUUGUUCGUGAUAGGAGAGGUCCCUUUGACAUUUACUCCAACAUUGAGUUUCGAGAACGAUUUGGUUUUUCUAAAGAUUCUUUCUUAUCUCUUCUCGAUUUGAUAGGGCCUUACCUUGAACAUGAUACAGACAGGAACUUUGCAUUGUCACCACAACUUCAGCUUCUUUGUGGUUUAAGGAUAUUUCGUACCGGUUCUUACCAGUUAGUUGCUGGUGACUUGAUAAAUGUACAUAGAACAACAGCUGGUAGAGCUUUAAAUAAUGUAAUAAACAGUUUGCUUACCUUGAAACCGCUAUACAUUACCAUGCCCAGCACUCAAGAGCAAUGUAGUGAAAAAAGAGCCUUUUAUAGAUUAGGUGGUUUCCCAAAUGCCAUAGGAGCAAUCGAUUGCACUCAUAUAAAAAUACUGUGCCCACCAGGUGAUAAUAAUGAACUUUUUCGAAAUAGGAAAGUUUUUUCUAUUAAUGCUCAAUUUAUAUGUGAUGCUGAUAUGAAAAUAAUGAAUGUUGUAAGUCGAUGGCCAGGUUCGACCCACGAUGCUAGGAUUUGGGACAAUAGUGUUGUUGCUGCAAGAUUUGAAGCUGGUAUAUAUGAUGGUUUACUUGUUGGUGAUAGUGGAUAUGCGUUGUCACCCAAGCUGAUGACUCCAGUAUUGCUACCUACAACCCAAGGAGAAAGAAGGUACAACCGUGCACAUAUUUUGACCCGUAAUAUUGUAGAACGAACUUUUGGAGUCUUAAAGAAAAGAUUUCAAAUUCUUGAGAAGGGAAUUAAAUUCAAUCCAGUUAAGUGUGGAAACAUAAUAGUAACUGCAAGUGUGCUGCACAACUUUGGUAUUGAAGUAGGUGACGUUUAUCAAGCGGAUCAGGUUGAUGUAGAAAAUGAACCGUAUGAGGUAGAAGUUGUUGAAGAAGGCGGGAAUCAUUGGAUGACUUAG